AUAAAAGCAAAUGGAUCUCCCGUGUGUUUUAGUGCGAGAGAUACACAAAUGGGAAAGUUUAAAGUUCCCUUGGCUGGCAAAAUGGGAGGCGUGAGGCUGGUCCACCUGUACGGCUACGUGUCUUGUCACACGCCAGACAAACCACAUUGGUCACCUUGGGGCUGUGGUUCUGGAGCGCACGAGGAGAUCAACGCUGUCAUAACCAAUGACAAAAAUCAACUUCUUUUGCCUCCAACGGAGUUCCUGAGCGACCAUCACGCACCAGGAAAAUGGCACAAAAUUCCAGGUUACAACUCACUGAGCCCUGUCAUUGAGCUAAAAGUGUUUAAAGAUCCCAUUAAUGUGAGUGCUGGCCAGGAGCUACGAUUGUGGUACGGUGAAGAUUUGACCAACUGGACCGAGCAUGACAACGGGGGAAGAACCUGUGCUGAUGUUUUCAUCCUGUACGUCUGAGAUGGAAUAUUCUAGUUUUAGAAGAUUUGCUUAGAAGAAGAACCUGUAAUAAGGUUAAGAAGAAAUAAACCGAGGGUUUUAAAGGGAAAGCUGCUCUGUUUCUUUAAAGUUUACUCUUCCUCCUCUCCAAAAUCAUAUUUCGACAGAUUUGAAGUCCCUUGUUACUUGUUUCCCUCAUCGCCUCGAAGUAUCGUGAUAAUCUCACUUCGCAGAACAGCGAACACUUUAAUGUAAACCUUAAACGGGCAAAUGAAACACACAAACUUCACAAAGGCCUACGAACACUUCAAAUAAAUGACACAAUAAACUAAGGGAACGGUAAAAAAAAUUGAAAAGAAAAAAUGGCAAAGAAAAAUGGAAAAGAAAAAAUGGAAAAGAAAAAAUGGAAAAGAAAAAAGGGCAAAAGAAAAACAAGCUGCAAAAUCUACAUAUCUAUUUUUUUUAAAACUUUCGCAUUUUGAGCAAAGCGUUGCAGUUAUAUAAUACUUCUCAAUUUUAAAGUAGUUGUAAUUGUUAUAGCAAUACAGAAUUUCGUAAGUUGUAGAGUGUACUUAUAAAAAGCGCAGUUUCAAGCAAAUCUACGGGUCACUGCUGUUUUAAAAAAUAAUCAAAUCCACGCCAGCAUUACUUACUUGACUUAUUACAAAGUCAAGGCGGUCAGUAAUUAAAUGAAACAGGAAACUAGUCUUUAGAUAUGCACUUGUUCCUUGACGCAAGUCAGGUUUUGGAUGAACUUUUAAUGCUGCCAAUCUUCAUUCGUUCUCUUUCGUGUUUAGAUUAACACGUUUUGACCAACAUGAAGGAAUUUGAUGGCCUUUUCAUUCAAACCUUGUGACGGACACUAGCGUCCGAGUUUAGACACUUGCGUCCGGUUUUAAACAGAAGUGUCCUAUUUUAGACACUAAUCUGAUUUUAGACACUAAUGUCUAAUUUUCGACACUGUUUUCCUUUUUUGGACAGUGUUGUCCAAUAUUUGACAACGUUACUAGAUUUUGGGCAUUAUUGUCCAAAUUUUGGACACUAAUAUCCAGUUUCGGACAGUAUUCUCUGAUUCUGGACGGUAUUAUCCAGUUUUGGAAGCUGUUGUUCAGGUUCGUGCGAUUCAAUGCGAUUUUGGAAAGAGAAGAAUUAAUCUUCUUUUUUUCGCGUUUUUACUUCUUCAUCACUCUCUGAAGCUAAACAUGUUUUACUAACAAAGAAAACUACGUAAGUUCGUUUAAUGAAUUUUCAUCUCUUAAUUUAAAGACAAUCAGCCCUAAAAUACGCACGAGACAUCAAUGUUAAUGAAUUAAAUGGGUCCAUUGACGAAUUCGUUGUUAUAAAUCGAUGGACCCGACCCUCGGCGGAGCAUGCAAUUGUUCGCCUACGACAAUUACCUUUAAAGCCUAAUAGCGAAGCAGCUUAGGUUCCGGGAUUUCAAUUAGGAAUGACUGUCAUCUUUCAUAAAAAAUUAAACAACAAUAUAGCGAGACUACGAAACCGAUGAACUGCAUGGUGAACUUUGACAAAAUCGUAGCCCCAUGAUACACCACGUUUGUGAUAGCCCUUCAACCACUUACGAAUGACAGAUCGUGACAAGCAUCCCAUUUGUCACUACGUUAUCAUGAUCACUCCUGAAAGAAACACGAAGGUCACGAAUAAGAAAUGACCACAAGAAAUGAACACCAACUAAAAGAAGCUCUUAGUUUUUAGUCUCCUGGUAAGCACCUCAGAAAAUGCUGAUCAAACAUUACACAGCUCGUGAGGGGAGGAGGAGGGUUGAGGUCUGCUAAUAGAGGAGUUAGAAGAGGUCUAAGGAGGGAAACAAGUAAAUUUUAUUGUGAUACAACCAAAAUCUUCUGACUGACUCCACUCCCAGGUGAUAAAUUAAGGACCGGCCAAUCCCUGAUUGUAUUUUUUUCAAACUGUCCCUGAUUAAAUAUUAAAAAUUUAACUAAACCAGCUGGAGGUUGACCUCAGGAUAGCUCGGAAAAUAAACAACUGGUACCGACACUGUGUCAAUCUGCAAUUUAGUCUUACCUGAUAUGGUACUUAAGAAGGCAAAUAAGGUAAAACUAACAAAUGUUGCACGUGAAAAAUAAUUACUUAUUUACUUAAUUACUUAUCAAAUAAUAAUCAGCUGGAACAAACAGAAAGAGAUUUUUCAGCAAACGCUUUUGGUGGUUUCGUUCGUUAACAUGCACAGCAUUAUCCCUUGUUGUCAUCUGUGGGUUGGAUCACAGGUUGUGUGCCAGUAAACUUAAGCAUACACUCUAACUCCGAUUGCGCACAACAAGCUGAGAGGUGUUAACCCGUUAAGCACUGACUAGUAUCGAGUUUCUCCUUACUGUAUCACUGCUAAAUCAAACGUUAUGAUCAUGAGAACAAAGGAAAUGAUCGUCAACUUAAGGAGCUCUUGAUUAUCAGGCAAAUUCUCCUCGUUAUAACCAUGAGGAAAGUAUAGAGAACGGUAUGGAGUAUAUGCAUACUGGCUCAGGAAGCAACCAUCUUUCAUGAAAAGAAUGGCAGCAAACUUGGCCUAACUUUGAACGAUCAUCAAGCGACUAUUUAGAUAGAGACAGCUGAUUGCCUUAAACUGCAUUUACAGAUAAAAAGACACUCAGAAAGCAAACAAAUAAAUUCAAUCCGUUGGAGCUCAAUUAAAGUGCUCCAGCUGUGUUUGACUUGUCCUACUCACUUAAUGAACUGUUAACAGCUUAUGGACGAGCUUCAAUAAGUUCUUUAACGAAUUCGUUGUUAUAAAUUGAAGGACUCGAUCCUUGGCGAAGUUUGUAAUCAUUUGCUUAUGACAAUUAACUUUAAAGCCUAAUAACGAAGCAGCUUAGGUUCCGCAAUUCCAAUCAGGAAUUACUGUGAUCCUGAAAUUAAAACAAAUCAAACAAUAUAUCGAGACUGCGAACCCGAUGAACUGGUGAACUUCGUACCUCCAUGAUACACUGGGUUUGCAUUAGUCCAAUAAUAUGCGUAUUGCGGCUUGAGGGUUACUCAUACAUAAAAGAGGUUUUAAAGUUUUUAAAUCUGGAAAGUGGCACGCUUUCCCCCCACGGGGUGGAGUUGACAUUUUCUGUACAUUUAAACUAAUCAGAAUUUUGAAGAUGGUGUUGUAUCCAAUUCGAACCAAAUCAUGGAGGAAACUAGCAUCCAGCGAUGACGGUCAUUGCAUGAAUCAAAAGGUAUGAAACUUAUCAAAAUGCCAUUUGAUUAGCGGGCCGAGAGUUUCUGGAGCCAUUUUUAACUCUUGUUUCAUGUAAUCAAGGUGUAAAUUUCUCAUUUUGUUAAUCAUCAUCCUUACCAUUAUUAUUGUUAUUAUUAUCAUUAUUGUUAUUAUUGUGAUUAUUAUGUAGUGUUAUCAGUCGCUUUCCUUCUAUCACAAGGGUAGCUUGAUCUUGGAAAACCAGAUUUGAACUUAGUAAAGCUGGUCGUAAUUACAAUGUUUCGCUUGUCGAAAUGUGGGACAGAAAAAAAAAAACAGCCUUCUGCCGUGGGAAACGAAACAUCCAGUGGAAAUUCAUUUAAAACGGGUAUAUGCGUGCCGAAUGAAAAAGCUUUCAAGAUUAUAAGCCACUUCAGGUAUAUUUGAAAUACAUGUCUUUGCAAAACGAGAAAACUGAGGAAAGAAACAACUGUUUCCAAUAUUUUAAAUUAUAAAUUUCAUUAUGACACAACCAAAAUCUUCUGACAUCCUUUCUCCAGGUGAGAAAGUAAGGAGUUGUUUUUGUUUCAAACUGUCUUUGAUCAAAUAUCGAAAAAGUGUUCUUAUCAAACCAGCUGGAGGUUGAACUCAGGAUAGCAAUAAAAAAUUUACAAUUGGUUCUGACACUGUCAAUCUGCAAUUAAGUCUUAGCUGGUGUGCUACUUAAGAAGGCAAAUAAGAUAAAACCAACAAAUAUUGCAUAUAAAAAACGAUAGUUUUAGAGCCAACUACUCUAAACCUGUCUCCGGUCCAUCCCUAAUUGUAUUUGUUUCAAACUGUCUUUAAUCAAAUAUCAAAAAGUUUAUUUAUCAAAUCAGCUGGAACAAACACAAAGAGAUUUUCAGCAAACAUACUUAGUCGUUUCGUUCGUUUACUUGCACAGCAUUAUCCCCUGUUGUCAUCUGUGUGUUAGAUCAUAGAUUACGUUUUGGUAAACUUUAGCAUAGACUCUAACUCCAAUUCCACAGAACAAGCUGAGAGGUGUUAACCCGUUAAGCACUGACUAGUAUCGAGUUUCUCCUUACUAUAUCACUGCUAAAUCAAACGUUAUGACCAUGAGAACAAAGGAAAUGAUCGUCAACUUAAGGAGCUCUUGAUUAUCAGGCAAAUUCUCCUCGUUAUAACCAUGAGGAAAGUAUAGAGAACGGUAUGGAGUAUAUGCAUACUGGCUCAGGAAGCAACCAUCUUUCAUGAAAAGAAUGGCAGCAAACUUGGCCUAACUUUGAACGAUCAUCAAGCGACUAUUUAGAUAGAGACAGCUGAUUGCCUUAAACUGCAUUUACAGAUAAAAAGACACUCAGAAAAGCAAACAAAUAAAUUCAAUCCGUUUGAGCUCAAUUAAAGUGCUCCAGCUGUGUUUGACUUGUCCUACUCACUUGAUGAACUGUUAACAGCUUAUGGACGAUCUUAAAUUAAAAGCUAAGUGGCUUUGCAAAGUAUAAAAGAGGCUCAUGAAGAUUCAGCCACACAGCAGAAAUCUGCUAAAGAAGAGGAUUUUACGACGAAGAGUGCCGAGGUAAGUUUUGAAUGGCUUUACACGAUUUUGAAUUGCCAAAGUGAGUGUCUUAGAUGGACCUUUCUUAUUCAAGUAAAAUGGCUUGCAUUGAACCUUAAAACCCUUGAGGUCGAUUUCAUUACCCACAUCAUUUAUUUGCUUCUUUACGAUAUUAAAAAAAAAAAAUUGUAUGGCAUUACAUAUUAUAAGAGGCGAGGAGACCCAGGAAGCCAUCGGGCUUAUGGGAGACGUAACCUCACUUAAAACAAUAUAUAGAAAAAAGAAUAAGUGCAGAGAAUGCGCGACUUGGCCAAUUCAGUGAUUAUUUAAGUAAAAACUCUUGCAUUUUCAUCUUAAAAGUAAGAAGAAUUGACGAGCAAGUGACUGACUGAGUUCCAACUUUUAGGACGUUGAGAAUAGAAAAUUGCUUGAGACUAUUCGACGUAAAUGUCUUCGAUACCAUAGAAAUGAAUUUUACAAUUGCUAGCGAAACACCUUCGCUUUACGUAGGAAAUAUCGAGCUGUUGUAUGUAAGGAAGUUGAAUUUAGACAUCAUUUGUACUCUGCAGGCCGCUAACAUAUGUUUCAAUUAAUUUCAGGAGACCUAAGACAGCAAAAUGGCAAUUAAGAAGAUAUUGUGCUUCAUCUUGGUUGUGCUUGCCUUGACAUGUCCGGAUGAGAUCACUGGAGGUAUUUAUCAAUGCAGUUUAAAUUACAUUUCCUUGUUUGAAAACUAACAAUCUCUUCUCAUUCAGAACUUUUAUUUCCCAGACGCAAAUUUCCAACGAUUUGUUCCACUGUAUCCUUGGAAUCAAAUUUAUUCAGAUCACUUGUGCUUUUGAAUCAAAUGUAAAUUUAGUAAAAGCGUGAAAUGAAUUGAAGUCAUGAACUGCUUUGAAAGAGAACUGUCCUUAGAGAUUCCAUUUGGUCUUUGGUGAAGUCUUUUUUGCCAACCAACUAGUCGAAGAAAAAAUAAACGAAAUUGUCUGCUAUUCCAUUUUUUAAAAAGGCCAAAAUAGUAGAAUCACUUCUUUCUUUAAAUAGAAAAAACUGAAAAAACAUAUUAACAAUGGCACAUACUUAAGAUUUCACUCAUGUAGAUGACCAAGACAAAAGAUUUAUCUAUUAAUCUUUAAUACUUAUUUAUUAUUUAGUACCCUCUAGCUUUGAUUGUUCCUCCUCAGAUAAUUCUAUAAAAGCAAAUGGAUCUCCCGUGUGUUUUGGUACGAGAGAUACACAAAUGGGAAAGUUUAAAGUUCCCGUGGAUGGCAAAGUGGGAGGCGUGAGGCUGGUCCACCUGUACGGCUACGUGUCUUGUCACACGCCAGACAAACCACAUUGGUCACCUUGGGGCUGUGGUUCUGGAGCGCACGAGGAGAUCAACGCUGUCAUAACCAAUGACAAAAAUCGACUUCUUUUGCCUCCAACGGAGUUCCUGAGCGACCACCACGCACCAGGAAAAUGGCACAAAAUUCCAGGUUACAACUCACUGAGCCCUGUCAUUGAGCUAAAAGUGUUUAAAGAUCCCAUUAAUGUGAGUGCUGGCCAGGAGCUACGACUGUGGUACGGUGAAGAUUUGACCAACUGGACCGAGGAUGACAACGGGGGAAGAACCUGCGCUGACGUUUUCAUCCUGUACGUCUGA